AUGACAGCAAAAAAUGUGUUCCCAAGAACCAAGACUUACUUGCAAAACAUGAUCAAAGCAGGUACACUGGGAAGGAAGGAGUGGGAAGGAUACAGCAAUCUAGAGAAUUUUGAUACAACCACUUGGAUCGAGAGGCGAAGAAAGCUCAUCAAAACAGUCAGAUGGAUUCCGCCGGACACGGGCUGGUUAAAGCUCAAUAUCAAGGGAGUGUGGAACCGGGCAGGCGCAGGGGCGGGAGGAAUUUUCCGAGACGCUAGCAGCAACUUUGUCCGAGGCUUUAUUCGGAAAGUGACAGCCACGUCAGCUCUUGAUGCGAAGCUGCAAGCACUUUCCCUCGGCCUUGAGAUGGGUACAGGUAGGGGUAGAAAAGUGUGGAUUGAAUCGGACUCUAAAGAAGUGAUCUCCUUAAUUCAACUCAACAAACCCGGGUCGGCACAUCUACGACAUCAAACAACGUUCAUCCGAAACAAAUUGAAGGAGGUUGUUGCCAAGUAUUCCCACUGCUAUAACGUCGGAAACAAAGCAGCGGAAUAUGCAGUGAAGCUAGGGAGUCCCGAGAAUGGCCAACAGGAAUAUGACCGUGACACAACCCUGACGAUGAUCAAAGAGUUGGUAAGAAUGGAUCAACUCAACAUGCCGAAUUUCCAAUUCCUAAGGCACUAG